AUGGCACUUGGUCUUGCUGAUGAUGACUCCAUGAGUGGUCUUGAACCACAGAAGGCCGUAGAUGAAAUUCUUGAUGACGGGUUCCUCGUGCAGCAAGCUGGUGUCAAUCCAGAGACUGGUGAGGCAUGGAAGCCGCGUUGGAUCCCGCGUAGCCAGUGCAGACCAGAGUUAGUUGCAAAAUGGAAAGCCACUCGAGCAAAUGUGAUAAACGAUGUCAAGGUCAAGAUUCAGAAACGCUCACUAUCACCGAUACCAGCUGGGCAUCUCACGGUGAAGAAAGAGGACGAGUUUGAGCGCAUAUCAGUGAAGGAAGAAGACUUUCCUGAUGUCUCAGAGGAUCAUUACCGCCAGAAACGAUCGAGGCUGGACAUCCCCGACACAUCCAGUACGACUGCCAACAAAAGCAGUACUAAUAUGCCGCGCGGACGAACGGAGCAGAGGUCGAGCAUUUUUCUUCCGAAGAAAGCUAAGGGCAAGAUUACCGCGUCAAGAGCGUCCUCGGAAUUGAACAGUAUGAACAUUGGAAACGUGUCGUCUGAAGACCACACGAAGCCAUUUGAGAUAGAGCGGUGGUUGCUCUACCGAGCCGUCUCUUCGAAGUCGGGUAUGAUUAUUGUGAUCCGAGGGACUCACGGCGACGAAAAGCACAGCGGUUGGUUUCAGGGACUGCACGAGGGCGCCCGCGGGGUAAUCCUCUCGGUUAUGAAUACCGGGAACGACGCUUUUGCCUCGACAGCAGAGACAAGGCUCCUCUCGCCGUUGGAUCCGACUCAGGACACCUUCAACAUCCCAACGCAGUACAUAUUCCCUGUGGAGCCCUCGCGGCCAGGGCAGAAAGCACUCAUCUUGCACGGAGAUCAUAAGGGUGAGAUCGCUAUUGUGCGCGAGGAAGAAGAGAAUGGCUGGUUCGUGUCUGUCGGGAACAUGCACUUCGAGGUAUCCGCAGAUAAGCUUGUGCAAGUUAUGGAUGUCUAA